CAUUCAGCGAGGGGGGAACAGACUACCCCACUGCGCAGGCGCGGGCCUGGAUGAAGCGCCCUUUAUUGAAAGGCAGUCUCCCUGUUCAUUCAGUAACGCUAGAGAGAGAGGAGGCGGCGGCGAGUCUUUCACUUGGCAUGUCGAGCAGUGGAAGCGCACACUUACACAUCGCUGCGGGAACACACUGCGCUGAUGAGCACAGCACGGGGUAGGAAAAGAAAGGUUGCCGUUUGGACUUUCUGAAUUGUGAAUAACUCGAGGAAGCCGUGGUGUAUUUAAAUAUCAUUGUUGAUUUUUUUUUUGUAUUUCUCGUUACUUUCUAAAAGUGUCAAUGCAUUUGUUCUCUUGGAGUUAAUAGAGCAGACCCCGAGGUUUGGAAGGUAGACCGCACAGAACGCAAGUGGAUUAUAGGUGUCAAAUCUGCUUCUGGGCUGCACUUUUUUCGAGACUGUUGCUGGAAAGUUUGAAGACGAAGUUUGCAUUUGAAGGGGGCUGGACAGCGUAAACGGCACGCAGUUCUGUGGGCUCUGCUUUGCGUUUCUCUGGAUGGUAUAAUCAAGCAGCAUGCUGUGUUUUCCUGUUGCACUGAGAAUGAUUCGUAACACGGGUUUGAUUGGAGCUUGGAGAAUAAACAUUGGGCAAGAGGACUAGCAGAAUUAACUGGGCUGCAAACCCGCAGUGUGAAAGCGACUCCUUCUGUACAUAUAUACAGAGACGAACGUUUUGGAGUCCUGUUUUAUUUAUCAUGUACUUGCAGAACCCGGUAUAUUUGAAUAAGGUGUUGUUAAUUUGUACACAUUUUAGACAAAUGACAAAAUCAUAAGUGUCAAGGUGGUGCCCGCUCCUUUCGUUUAACAAAUAAACAAGGGCACUCAACAUUUAAUAAUAAUAAUAAUAAUAAUAAUAAUAAUUGUACACAAUCUAGCAGCUCUCGCGCCGCUAAAUCAUGUGGAGUGAAAGUUUCCCAUUGUUCGCUGUCCUCGCUUUGACUUUUCUCCUGUCAGUAAUUGAUGUAAAAGCCAGCGGCGAGUACUGCCACGGCUGGCUCGAUGCGCAGGGUAAUUGGCGCGACGGGUUCCAGUGCCCGGAACUCUAUGACAGCGCAGAUGCCACCAUCUGCUGCGGGAAAUGCGCCCUCAGGUACUGCUGCUCCAGCACGGAGGCCCGGCUGGACCAAGGGACGUGCGAAAAUGACAGGAAAGUCACGGAGCCAGGGAAAGGAGACCAGGACAACGAUAAUGCAGCAGUGCCGAUCUACGUGCCUUUCCUGAUCGUGGGCUCUGUGUUCGUUGCCUUCGUCAUCCUGGGCUCCCUGGUGGCGGUUUGCUGCUGCCGUUGCCUGCGCCCCAAGCAGGAGCCCCAGCAGAGUCGAGCGCCAGGGGGAAGCCGGCUGAUGGAGACCAUCCCUAUGAUCCCCAGCACCAGCACCUCGCGGGGCUCCUCCUCGCGCCAGUCCAGCACCGCUGCCAGCUCCAGCUCCAGCGCCAACUCCGGAGGGCCCGGGGGGCCUCGAGGGCCCAUCGUGAGGGCGCAGGCCAACUGCUGCCUCCCGCCGGACGGGGGCCUGAGCAACGUCUACGUCAACAUGCCCACCAACUUCUCCGUGCUGAACUGCCAGCAGGCCACCCAGAUCAUGCCCCAUCAGGGGCAGUACCUGCACCCCCAGUAUCUGGGAUACGCCAUCCAGCACGAGGCCCUGGCCAUGCCCCCUGCGCCCCCCUUCCACGACGGCACGCAGGGAGGAGGGUACCGGCAACUGCAGUCCCCCUACCCCCCCAGCAGCAUGAACAGCGAACAGAAGUACCCGGCUGUGACUGUUUGAAAUAAGUCCUAAUAAUAAUAGACAGUGAAGAAAAGAAAAACACGUUUUUUUUGUUUGUUUUUAAAAGAAUAAAUAAAGUCUUUAUUUUUUCUAAUGGACUAAGGAAGCAGGGGUUGGAUCCUGAGAACUGAAUUGAAUUUGUAUACCAAACUUUAUGUCUGUAGAAAGCAGUUCACAACUCUUGGUUUGAAGAAGUCCGUACCAAUCUCUGGGAAUGAUUUUAUUUCUUUUUACAGUCUUUCCUGCUCUCCAGUGCUUUGCUUUUAAAAGCUCACCCGCAGUAUUUCCUGGUUUGCUGUCUGGCUAAUCUAACAAUAGCCCUUCUUUGUAUGUCUCCGAUCCAGACACCGUUCUGCAGUGAAGGUGGAUUGGGUUCCAUCCUCUGAACUGGCAGCACUUCUGGUGCGGAUCCAGGAUUGUGUGGACUAGCUUGCCUGAUUUCAGGAGGAGUCGUGAUGGGGUGUGUGUGUGAGAUGGACUUUAUAAUAAGAUUGUUCAGUUGAACUGUUAAACUGCACAGUGGGUGUGCUCCUUAAAAAAAUAAAUUCUACGUGCAGAUUCCAUGUCAUUUACCGCAUCAAGAAGAGGACUGGGGUCUGGUGCAAAAUGGAGCAGCCUUUUCGAUAACUGUCCAUUUAUUAAAUUAUACAAGAGUUCAAUCCAUGGAAAGUUGUUCUGUCCAAUUAUUAUUCUAAAAAGAAAGGCAAACCCUGCAUCAGUUAACAGUGUUGCACAGUAUAGUGUAAGUCAAGUAAAGUCUAGAAACCUUUAUUAAAAUAUACCACUUGAGUAUCGAACCCGUACCACUAAGACAGGAACAAUAACAAGGUACUAAAUCUGAAUGUGGGUCCUUCUGCUCCUGGAACAAUGUAAUAUCUCCUUGACACACAGGGAUUUCAUCUCUUAAUGAAUAAGUAUAUGAGGUGGCAGCGCUAGAUUUUGGUUAAACGAAACACGAGAAACUUGAUUUAUUAACUUUUAAAAGCUGCUGGAAUCACGUUUAUGUAAACAACCCCCAGCGGCAUGUAAAUCCAGUGUAAAUCUUGCUUUGCAGGGAUGCAUUCAUCAGAUCAGUGAACGGUACCUCUUCAUAGCAGAAGCUUCCUGACAUUACUGUGUGCUGCGGGUGAAAGGUCAAACCCGUUCCUUGCUUUGUCAGUCAGAGGGGCUGUUGCUCUGUUUGGAGUCCAAAGAGGGUACUUUAAUCUGUGUCACAUGCUUCUACAGGUGCAUCAUAUAAUCCAGCAUUUUGUUACAGACAUGUAUAACAGGAGAGGGUGCUGUCCAGUUUAUAAAAGGGGCUCCAAUGUGCAUUUGUCAGUCAACUAGACAGACAUAUCACACGAUGGGUUUGAAAGAUGUGAGUGGAAAGCAGGACAAAUGCAAGCAGUAAAACUGUGUGUGUGUGUGUGUAUCCUAAAUAACGAAACAGAUAAAAUGCCUAAACAGAAAUCCAAUCCAAUACCUACUGUAAGAGAUAUAUAUGCACACACAUGCGUGCAGUCUUUAGGUAAAUCCUGGUUAAGAAAAAAAAAAAAUUUGCCUUUCCCCCAAAAUAUAGGAGGCCAAAUUCCUGUGCUUCGUCUUGUUGAGACUAGCAGAGAUAUCUUAAACAAAUCCCAGUGCUGUGCAUCCACUGUAAACAGAAUUCUUACAAACAAAAGCAGCGAGCAAACAACGGCAAGCUGAGAAAGCUCCCUGACUAACUCAAGCAUGCUCAGAUAACAGAGAAAGAGGUUGUCUGAAUGUAUUUUCUCUUAUAAUUACGGGUUACUGUAAAACACAGUCCACUCACACGCAUGGAUUAUAGAUUAUAGAUUAUAGCACGCUGGGGAGUGAACACGGAAUGCUGGAAUGGAAUAAUAACAGCAUUCCGGCAUUCUAAAUUCUUAAAAAGGAUUUGCUUUAACUCCUCAUUCCUAAGGGGCAAAAGUGAAGUGACUUAGAAUACCUCAGAGCUGUGCUAGUAAAUCUGUUAGUGUCCAGUGUGUACGACUUACCAUUUCAAGGAGCAAGUCCUUCUGCAGUAAUAUUAAAAGAAACAUUUUAAAAGCUCUGACAAGCAUUAGUCUUUCUCAGCAUCUUCUAGUCAAAACGUUUGUCAAAUAAUUGAGCAUGUUUCUUUUAGUAUUACUGCAUAUUCUAUCACUGAAGGUUAUGUAAGAAGUAAUAAGUCAAUGCUUUUCAUAAUGUAUGUGUGUCCUUCCACGCUUUGAUAAAAAGCUAACACACCCCGAUAUACUGGCAGUCCUUAUUCUUCAUUCAAUACAAGCAGUAUUCACACUGCCCCGCACUCAGUCAGCACACUGCAGCUUGUCCCCGUGGUCGCUGGCCUUGCACAUAAUACCCACUUUUAAUAUCACAAGGGAUUACUUGGUAAGAGAUUGCCAGGUGGCAGGUCAGUUAUGGGACCAACAUUUCUUUUUAAAUUAAAUUUGCAGUCACAUGUGGCGGCAGAGUUGUGAGCUCAAGUAAUUGGUAAUUUAAUAUAUGAAGUGCUGUGCGGUCCACAGAAGCAGCCAGCCAGUUAGAAUGCAUGUUCCCAUGCUCUGAAAUAUCAUACUGGACACUAGAUUGGAGUCAUGAGUGGAAUGAGCUCCUUAAUGGGCAUUCCGCUUCAGUGUCUUCACAUGUGUUAUAAGAGAUCUAGAUUGGAUUUAAAGCUAUCUUGAAGUGAGGCUUUGUCACGAUUAUACCAUUUCAGUCCAGAAUCAAUCUGAAUUAGGGUUUAACGUGUGAGUGAGUGAGUGUGUGUGUGUGUGUGUGUGUGUGUGUGCCCCAUUCAUAACGCUUUAGUGUUUUUUAUGAAUGCAUCUCUGACUGACAACAUGGUUUGAAGAGGGUUAGAAACUCACACGAGCCCUGCACCCAGACCUGGGUUUCCAAACUACCAUCAAUGAAGUGUCUCAUUCAGGUGAUUCAGUAGCCAGGAGUCUGAGCAACCUGUUAAAACAUUUUGUUCUUUCCUUAUAGCUGCACCAACAACUCCUAACCGUCACCCUGCAGACGCAGGCGAGACGUACUCAGGUGUGAUCAGCUCAGAUCAGACUGAGCAGGGGUCUGAUUGUUCAAAGUCCUGGCACCUGCUGAUUUCAGUAACAUACCUGAACAAGUGGAGUUGUGAAACCCUUUUGUCGUACUUUCCGUCCACAGAACAGAGUCCCACAAGCUGAACACUGGGCCAAAUCUUUGUGCACUGAACUACUGCCACGCAACUGUGCCCGAGACAGUGUCCUCAAAUAUAAGCACCCCCUGCCAUUAUAAACAUGGGUCAGAAGCAUCAGUGUUUGUGCACAGAUCUCUGCUAUCCCAGCAAGUACCCAAAAGAGACAACAGGGAUGGAAAAAAAGACUCCCACUGCAUAGCAGUUUGAUCCAAUCCUGGUUUCAUUAGUUUAGUAACUCUGUGGCUAAUCAAACCUGGAAUGGGUGAAACUGCAACGCAAUAGGAGUCUUAUUUCCAUCUUUCAAUAAAGACUUCUUUGGACUUUGAAACAGUGACAAAGCUGUUGUUUGUAUCAUUUAACAGAAACGUUAUUACCCUCCGUUCCUCUUGAUGAUAAUCCAAUUCAGGUGAAACACUUUUUGUAUUGUUUACUUGUACAGAAAAAAAAAAACAUUUUAAGUUUUUAUUGUGUAGCAAUGUUUUUUGCCAACAGGUCAAAGUGUUUAGUUGUUUUGUAAUUGUAAUCAUGUGACUCAUUGGUGUAAGGACUGGAAAUGCUUUGGAAGAGCACCAAGGGUUCUACACAUGAAAAGAAUGCUUUUACUCAAUAAAUAUAUUAUGGGGUCAAA